GACACUGAUCAGUAUUAUCAUCCUUAUCAGUGUAAGAAGUGAGGGGCCAUAAUAUAUCUGAACCUAAACCCAGUCGCAAUGGAUGUAAAACUGUGUGCAUUAAUUUGUAUUUGGAUAAAUUGUUAUUUAGUAUGCGCGGCGGAUUAUACCUAUUCCGCAAAUGGCGAAACUCCGGGCCAUUGGAACAAACUGGCGACUAGUGAACUUAAGAAGGCAAAACAGAUAAAGCCAAAUAUUGCAGUAGCUAAGAAUGUGAUUGUUUUUCUUGGAGAUGGUAUGGGAGUAUCAACUGUGACUGCAGCGAGAAUUUUGAAGGGUCAACUCAAAAAUAAAACAGGGGAGGAAGAAAUACUGAGCUUCGAAAAAUUUCCACAUGUUGGAUUGUCAAAGACAUAUAAUCAAGAUGCGCAGACUGCCGACUCUGCUGGAACAGCCACUGCUUAUUUCAGCGGCGUCAAGACGAACUUAGGGCUUAUAGGAUGUGACGCCCGGGCAAGAAGAGGGGAAUGCGCUUCCAUGGUGUCCGGCUCAGAGUUAAAAAGCAUUCUACAUUGGUCCUUGGAUGCAGGUAAAUCUGUAGGUCUAGUAACAACAACACGGGUUACGCAUGCCACACCCGCGGCCCUGUACGCACACACACCUGAACGGAACUGGGAAAGCGAUGCCGAUUUUGACGAUGGUGCUGGACACAAUUGUAAAGAUAUCGCUUCACAGCUGAUUGACGAUAAUAUCGAUAUCCAGGUAAUCCUCGGUGGUGGUCGGGAGAAAUUUUUAAAAAACAACACAAAUGACCCCCAGAGUGGCCUACUCACGGGAGGACGCAAGGAUAACCGUGAUUUGAUACAGGAAUGGCAACAGAAACAGGCACGACUUGGUAGAAACUAUAGAUAUGUUUGGAACGCCACGGAAUUCGAAAAUGUUGAUCCGGCAAAGACAGAUUAUCUGUUUGGGUUAUUCAACAAAGGUCAUAUGAAGUUCGAAAUGGAAAGAACUAAAGAGGAACCAUCAUUGGCAGAUAUGACUAAAAAGGCAAUUGAAAUACUCAGUAAAAACGAAAAGGGAUUCUUUUUGCUUGUAGAAGGCGGACGGAUAGACCACGCCCAUCAUUACGCACAGGCAGUCAGAGCUCUACAUGAUACUUUAGCGUUUGCCGACGCGGUCGAAAUGGGAGUAUCAAAGACAAGCAAGGAGGACACAUUGAUUAUAACUACUGCUGAUCACUCGCAUACGUUUACUAUAGGCGGAUAUCCGACCAGAGGAAAUCCGUUAUUUGGAUUUACCGAUGACCGAGAGGGUCAUAACAAGCUGGCAAAAGACAACAAACCUUUUACGACAUUGAAUUAUGCAAAUGGGCCGGGCGGAUAUGCAGAUGUAAAUGCAACUGUUAGACCUAACCUCACACUUAUUGAUACAGCCGACAAGGAUUACAGACAACAGGCGGCGGUAAAGCUUGAAUCAGAGACUCACGGCGGGGAGGAUGUGGCUAUUUAUGCCCAAGGACCAAUGUCUCAUCUUUUCCAUGGCGUCCAUGAACAGAACUAUAUUGCCCAUGUAAUGGCGUAUGCAUCUUGUGUUGGCAGUUAUUCAUCUCAAGGCUCUUGCGCUGCUUCUGACGUUCAGGAAAUUAAUAGCGGUCUAUUUUUAGAAUCAAACAUGGUUGUUUUAGUAUUUGCUAUUUUCAUAAGACUGUUUGUUUGAUAAAUAACGAAACAUGUAACAUACUAAACGGAUUAUUUUACCUCAUAUCAUUGUUAACUUCAAGGAAAUACAUAAAAUUUAAAAACAAAGAAUACUGUAUGAAUGUCCGUUAAACAUGCGCGGUACAGGUUCUUUUUUUUUCCUCUGGGAAUAUGACUGUGGAAAGUUCUAGCCUAUAAGAUAUUAACUUUUAUUAUUAAUAAUAUUAUGAUAUAUUUAAAUAAUAUUGUCCCGUAACAUGUUUUAUGGAACGCAGCAACUAUAUUAUAUCGAGAAAUUUCAUUCCUUAGAUAACAAGUGGACGUAACGUACCUAGGAUACAAUAUGGGUCCAUGAGCCGUAUACACUUAAAUAUAUAGCAAUAAUGAUGUUUUCUAAGAAAAAAUGCCAAAAAGUCAUUAUCCAUUAGCAAGGUGAAAAUCAGUAUUUUGACAUGUACAUUGCUUCCAUGUCCGCAGAAAUAUUUCCUUAUCAAUGAUUGGCCUUCAAGCGUUAAUCUUUUAGAUAAACCUUAUUUCAAAGCCAGCGAGCGUCAAGUGCCUCCAAGUGUCAAGUGAUCCACGCCACUAGAAGGAAACACCCUAUCCCUACCCAGUAUUACCUACAUGGAGUCCAACUUGAACCGGUCAUCUCAGCUAAAUACCUAGGCAUGGAUAUCUCAAAUGACCUAUCAUGGGUCAAUCACAUAAACAGGUCAACCAAGAAAGCUAAUCAAACCCUAGGGUUCUUACGAAGAAACAUUAAGGUCAAAUCCCAACCCAUUAAGACCAUUGCUUACCAGACUCUAGUCCGACCCCAGCUCGAAUAUGCCUCAGAUGUAUGGUCGCCCCACACCCAAACUCAAAUUGACCAAAUUGAAAGCGUCCAAAGGAGAGCGGCCCGUUGGAUCAAGUCUGACUACGGUCGUACUUUCAGUGUAACAGAUAUGCUACACUCCCUAAACCUUCGUCGACUGGAUUUAAGGCGUAUAGACUCUAGGUUAUCACUCUUCUAUGAGAUUCAUCAUGAUCUGGUUGCGAUCCCAAUCGUAGAUUACCUGACCCCAAUGACCCAAUGUGUCCGCUAUGGCCAUUCCCUAAGUUAUAGGUUAAUUACUGCAACCACCGACUAUUACAAGUUUUCUUAUUUUCCGAGAACAGUGUACCACUGGAACCAACUUCCCCCCAAUGUCGCCCACCUCCCUACCCUAGAGCAAUUCAGUGCUGCAGUUUGCAGCCUUGAACAUGCCUCGCCCUAGUUAUCCUGCAAACUCAAGUUUUAACCUUCUUAUAUCACCAAAGUUAUUUUUAGUUUCUUCCACUCUAAAUUUUUAUCACUAUAUUCUUUCUCUUUUUGAUAUUGACGCGCAAAACGUCUACGUUCCCGCAAGGGGUUUGACGUCAACGGAAGAUAGAAAAUAGAUAGAUAGAGCGAAGGCGUACAAAGGGGUAGUUUUCUCUCUAUGAGAAAUAAGUCUCACACAUUUUUUUUGCGUCGAAGUCUUCCCCCCUAAAACACUCCAUGCAAGUAAAAAAUAACUUUACAAUCGGUCAGAACAUGUUAAAUACAAACGCACGCGACUAAAACCUAGGUUAAUCUUACUUAGUUUUUUUACAGGUUUGCUACCUGUCAUAGCUGCUUUAUUUUCGGGUAAGAUCAGAUUUUAUCGCUAUGUAUAAAAAACGGAAAUUGUCUCCGCCAAUGAAAUGGUUCUUUACAUCUGCGGUUUUGUUAUCGAGUAUCUGGUAUGCGAAGAUAAUUAGGAAAAGCAAAAGUGUUAAAUAGCAAACCUGCAAGUAACCAAGAUAAGUCAGCAGCGGCGUCCCAUAAAGUUCCAUUUAUAAAAUAUCAGUACUAUUUCGCUUGAAUCUAGAUUUCCAGGAAUACGAGUUUUUUGUAAUAUUGUUCAGCAUAGUACUAGAAUGAUAAGAUGGCAGAUAUACGCAUCUGUGAUUUUUUGUGUUAUCAGGAUUAAAAAGUUAAACUUUGUUCGUCCUUGAAACAUUUUUAACCUGUUCCAUUGACUGUAUUGACAGUGAUUUUACAACUUAGUAUGUGUAAACGAAGAAAGAAACUUACUCUUGCUAGUGAUCGGACAAAUAAAGUUGCUUUUUGUAUUUAUAUUAUACAGAAAGAAAUA